CAAGAAUCUCAAAACCCAGUUAUAGUUUGAGUUCCAUUGAAGAAAUCAAGACCCAAAAAGCAAGAAUUCUUCCCAUUUUCAAACAUUUCCUCUUAUAAGUAGCACUCUCAGUCUCAGCCACCAUACCAAGCAAUCAGCAGCAGCACCACCACCACCACCACCACCAUGGCUGGUUCAUCAGUGACGCCCAAAAAGAUCAGAUGCAUCGCCAUCGCCAUUCUCGCCUUAAUCGUCCUCAUUGGCCUUACAGUGCUGAUUGUUUAUCUAGUGAUUCGGCCAAAAUCACUUAAAUACACCAUUGAAGAUGGUUCAGUUCAUGGUUAUGACAUGAAAUAUAACCACAUCAAUGCUUCAUUCUACUUUGUUUUAAAGGCUUACAAUCCCAACCGCAGAGUCUCUGUUUACUAUGACUCAAUGCAGGUGACUCUCCUUUAUGAUGAUCAACCCAUUGCUUUCGAUAUGGUUGAGCCAUUCUUCCAACACCAUCGAAAUGUUACCCAUCUUGAUCUGAAGCCCGUAGCUCGAUCAGCUCCAUUGCUUGUUUCUGCAGCUAAGGAUCUAAGUAUGGAGAGAUCUUCAGGGGAGAUGGAGUUAACGAUUAAGGUGAAGGCCAGGAUUCAUUUCAAGGUUGGUAAGUGGAAGUCUUCCAAACGGACCUUAUGGGUGACUUGCUCUCAGGUGGACCUGAAUUUUUCAUCUUCUAAGUCCUUUAAGAGGACUAAAUGCCAUACAGAAACUUGAACUUUGAACCUUUAAUGGUUAAAUUGGGUUGGGAUCUUAUUGAAAUGUGUUUGAUUUUGUUUCUUUAAUCUGUUUUUUUAUUUCACUUGGUUAAAUUCCUAGUUUGUUUCUUUAGGGAUAGAUAUUUGAAUUUUUUUUUUUUUUUUUUGUUCUGAAUGUUACGAUCAUUGGAUCAGGAUUCACUUGUGAGAUUGUUGUAUCUAUGUUUGGGUUUCACUUUGAAGCAUAAAAGCAGACUUCUGAGUUUGAAUUUGAA